AUGAGCACAUCAGCCCCUCCCACUGCCAUGCUUCUCCGGAGGCUGAGGCGGCUCUCUUGGGGCAGCACCGCUGUCCAGCUCUUGAUCUUAACGGUGGUGACAUUCGGCUUGCUGGCCCCCCUAGCCUGUCACCGGCUCCUGCACUCUUAUUUCUAUCUGCGCCAUUGGCACCUGAACCAAAUGAGUCAAGAGUUCCUGCAGCAAAGUUUGAAAGAGGGUGAAGCUGCCCUCCACUACUUUGAGGAGCUGCCAUCUGCCAAUGGCUCGGUGCCCAUCGUCUGGCAGGCCACCCCCCGCCCCUGGCUGGUCAUCACCAUCAUCACUGUCGACAGGCAGCCUGGCUUCCACUAUGUCUUGCAGGUGGUGUCCCAGUUUCACCGGCUUCUGCAACAAUGCGGCCCCCAGUGCGAGGGGCACCAGCUCUUCCUAUGCAAUGUGGAACGUAGCGUGAGCCACUUCGAUGCCAAGCUGCUGUCGAAGUAUGUCCCGGUGGCCAACCGCUAUGAGGGCACUGAGGAUGAUUAUGGUGAUGACCCUUCGACCAACUCGUUUGAGAAAGAGAAGCAGGACUAUGUCUAUUGCCUGGAGUCCUCCCUGCAGACCUACAACCCAGACUAUGUCCUGAUGGUGGAAGAUGACGCCGUCCCAGAAGAGCAAAUCUUCCCAGUUUUGGAGCACCUUUUGCGGGCUCGCUUCUCCGAGCCACACCUCAGAGAUGCCCUUUAUCUGAAGCUCUAUCAUCCCGAGAGGCUCCAGCACUACAUCAACCCAGAGCCCAUGCGGAUCCUGGAGUGGGUCGGCGUGGGCAUGUUGCUGGGGCCCUUGCUAACCUGGAUAUACAUGCGGUUUGCCAGCCGUCCAGGGUUCAGCUGGCCCGUCAUGCUCUUCUUCUCCCUGUACAGCAUGGGUCUGGUAGAACUGGUGGGCCGGCACUAUUUCCUGGAACUGCGGCGGCUGAGUCCUUCCCUGUACAGCGUGGUCCCUGCCUCUCAGUGUUGCACCCCCGCCAUGCUCUUCCCUGCCCCUGCGGCCCGCCGGACCCUCACCUACCUGUCUCAGGUGUACUGCCACAAGGGCUUUGGCAAGGACAUGGCACUCUACUCACUGUUGAGGGCCAAGGGGGAGCGGGCCUAUGUGGUGGAGCCCAACCUCGUGAAGCACAUCGGGCUCUUCUCCAGCCUCCGGUACAACUUUCAUCCCAGUCUGCUGUAG